AUGUCGAUUAUUUUUUACCAUUCUAUAUCUAUUUAUUAUUUAAUUUUUUUAAUAUUAAUUCAAUAUUCAUUAUCAAUUUCAAAUUUUAAAUUUUCGUCUACAACAACAUUACAACGUUUUCUAUUCGAUGAACAAACACAAACAAUUAUUGUUGUAUCAGUUAAUCGUUUAUACAAAUUAUAUUCAACGAAUUUAUCAAUACUUGCUGAAAUUGAUACAUCAUCAACAUUUACUAACACAGAAUUAUGUACCACCAUAAUUGGACGAGCUAAUGUAACAACAACAUCUAUCAACAUAAAUCCUGUACAUUAUUUUUCAAUUAAUUCCUAUUUAUUCAACAAUCAAUUAACGAAUAAUUCAGCUUAUAAUCAAUUGUUACUGUUAACACCGUCCAAUGAUUUACUUGUAUGUUCGACAUCAAAUCGUGGUACAUGUCAAUUACGUUCAUCAUCAAAUUUAACACUUAUCGAAAGUUCAUCAUCAAGAGUUGUCUCAACAAAUAUUCACUAUUCAACAUUUGGUUUUAUUGGAAAUGAUUCUAUUUUAUAUACGGCUGUCACAUAUGAUUCGUCUUGUGAUUCUUUCUAUGAAAUUCCAGCAUUAUCUGGACGAUCAUUAUCAUUAAAAUCGACAACAUUUUUAAAAAUAUUUAAUCAUCUUUCCAAUGAUCUUCACAGUAGUUCAUAUUCAUUACGAUUUGUUAAUAAUCGAAUAGCAAGAGAAUUUCCAGUACACUAUCUUUACGGUUUUGAACAUCGAUUAUUUACCUAUUUUUUAACAAUUCAAGAAUUAGAUAUACAACAACAACAGCAACAUUAUUAUAAUCAUUAUUCAAGAACAUCAUCAUCACAAAAUAGUGGAAAAAAAUUAUUAACAAAACUCGUUCGAUUUUGUCAAAAAACACAACAAGCACCAAUUAAAAGUUAUGUUGAAUUACCAUUAACAUGUAAAUCAUUAUCAUCCAACUAUUAUCCUUAUUUGGUUACUGCUUAUUUUGUGAAUGAAAAUGAGAAUUCUAGAUUAUAUGGUGUAUUCAGAAAUACGACAACAUCAUCAAUUAACAAUACAUCUCAUGCUAUUUGUCUAUUUUCAAUGAAAUUUAUUCGAGAAAAUAUUUUUCAAACAAUAAAAAAUUGUGUAGUCGAUGGUAUUGGACAGCGUGGUCUCGGAUUCAUUAGUCCAGAUACACAUUGUUUACCAAAUCAAAAAUUGGAUGAUAUUGAUCUCGAUUAUUGUCCUGACGACGAUAGUGUUCAAUAUCCAAUCGGUGGUCACAUACCGAUUGAACAAUCAUCAAUUAUUGAACUGGAUGAUAAAGUUAAUAUUACCACCAUUGAAAUCGUUGUCAAUAGUCAAAAUGACGAUCGGAAAAAAACCGUGAAUAUUAAAGAUAAUGAUGAUAUUAUUUUAUUUGGUGAUGAUAAAAGUUCAAUUUACAUGAUAAUAAAAGAAAAUUUAUUUGAAUGUGAAAAACAUCAAACAUGUGAUGAUUGUUCAAUGGCAAAUAAUUUCAAUUGUCAUUGGUGUUCGGAACAAAACAGAUGUGUAUCAAUCUUUGAAUGUUCAUACGGUAUUAAUCAGCGAAAAAAUAAAUUCAAUAUGUGUACAAAUAUUCAUAAUGUGAUACCAAAUAAAAUCUCAUUGAAUAAGUCAAAUUCAUGGCUUGACAUAACACUUAGUUCUUCGUUAGAGACAAAUAUUCGAAAUGAUUUAUACUCAUGUCAAUUUACAAAUGAGAAAAAUGCCUAUAAAUUGUUGACAACAGCUACUUUAUUAAAAAAUAAUAUUCUCUAUUGUCCAAUACCAUUUUCGUCAAGUUUUAAUGAGCAAUUGUCCGAAAAUAAGCGUAUGUAUCUCUAAGUCUUUCUUCUUCAUCGAAUGUGUUCACUCGCUUUAAACCUAUUGAACAUAAAUUAAUUAUUUCAUUUUUUUUAAAGCUCUUC